UCAUCUCUAAAAAAAAAAUCGGAUGUUCUUAGUUGAAGAGUAUUUCUUAGCUGUUCCAGUCGCAACUUCCGUCGACCCAUUCUCAUUUCAGAACAUCAACCACCAGCACAAAUAUUCAGUAUCGCUAUUUCACACCAAGUUUCUGACUUGAAAACUUCGAAAUCAUGGAAGUCCCAAAGUAUCCACGAUUCAGUGCUCCGGAGAUGAAGGAGCUCGCAAUCGAGUGGGCACUGCGCACUGGUGAAGACCAAUUGGUUAUCUAUGAUCUACCAAAAUCCAGUCUCGAGAACAUGACGAUGCUAGAUACCGAUAAUCUCGACAUGAACAUGCUUGACUCUGCGUUCUUGACUGGGAGUUCCUCGACUUUGGACUUCAAGCACGAAGAACGUGAAGAGAAGAGACUCAUCUUUCUGCGGAGUCUCAUGAAGCAAUGUUUCUCACGGGACAUCACCUUAAAGAUGGAAACCAUGAAAUUGUUAGAUGAAGAAAUCGAAUCUCUGGGCUUGUCGGAUAGCUUACACAAUAGUGCAUUCAAAGAAAAGGCAUUCGCAGUUGCAAAGGCUCGACUAUCCGCAAAGCAUUUUGGUACCAAGAAUUUAACCUUGAAGUCAAUCAAGAGAUUUGAUUACCAGGUUGCUCUCGGUGUACUUCGUGGUGGCCAUGGUGGGCAUUAUGAGAUUCUGGACUUGUAUUUCGACUUCAAAAACAAGUUUUGGUUCUUCUUAGAAAUCCUUCAGGAGACCACUCAAUUCUCGAUGAUACCACCCAUCAACCUAGAAGAGCAGCAAGAUGAUGGAGAGGAAGUCGACUUCUCUAGUUCGACCACUUCCCAAGAUAGCGUACCGAGCAGCAUUUCGAGCUCUGGCAGCCUAACAUCUACAAGAACCAUGUCCGAGUCAACGCUACGAUCCAGGAGCAGCCUGAACAGCACACCUCAGCCAGAUCAAGAUACAGGAGCCGUCAAACGACGAGGGUAUACACUUGAGCAUGGGCCUUGGCUGUACCGCAUCUCGGAGCAGGGGAGAAGUGCUAGAGCAAAAAGGGGAGCAUGGCAUAAUAUCACAAGCUUAGCUUCUUACAACAAGAUGAUCAUUCAGUUCCAGGAGCAUUCGCACAGCCACGAAGGCAAGCCUCCUAUCGUUUCUAUCAUUCAUUACCUUGACAAAGUUGCGGUUGCUCAAUGGUCCAGGAUUCGAGCAAAUGAAGAACGGGCCGAGCGCGAAUUCUUAAAGUUGAUAAAGGAGUCAGGCUUUGAUGAUGAAGAUAUCGGUGAGCCUUUCAUGAAGGGCGGCAGACUCUUCACGAAAGAGUAAUAAGGACAUGUCCAGACACAACUCUGUUGGCAACCAGAAAUCAAACGUCGAAGUCCCCGGCCGUACGGACUCUCGGAAGCGUCGGGAAAGGUAGGUACAGGAUUGGGAUCAGAUUACCUACUGGAUAGCUAUUGGCUUGCGCUUUUCCGCAAUGGUACAGUUGGGGUAUGCGGACUAGGACAUAGUUUUGCUCACUCAAGCUACCUUCGCUUUAACAAAGUCAAUGUAAAGACUAAAACGAGUCUGCCCCUGAAUCUAAUCUCCUUUCUUGUACAAUGCUAGUUUGGUUGAUAUGCAGUCCAGAUGCUG